AUGUCUGUUUCGUUGAGUAGGUUAUUGACUCCUAGGUUUAUGGUACCAUUGGUUGGUGUUACCGCUACUUCCAUUGGUUUGGCUUAUUAUUCUACACAACCACAAUUUCAAAUCAACAAUGAUUCCGGUAGCAAAAAUGAUUCCGGUAGCAAAAAUGCUACAUUCACUGGUGGUGACCAAUGGGUUGAUUUGAAAUUGAAAAAUUUCGAGGAUUUGAGUCAUGAUACCAAACAUUUGACUUUUGAGUUGAAUAAUCCUGAGGACACUUCUGGUUUAAUUACCGCUUCUAUGUUGAUGACUAAAUUUGUUACUCCUAAAGGUAACAAUGUGAUUAGACCAUAUACUCCGGUUUCAGAACCAAAUCAACAGGGAACUAUUGAUUUUGUUAUCAAAAAAUACGAGGGUGGUAAAAUGUCUACUCAUAUCCAUGACUUGAAGGUUGGCGAAACCUUAUCAUUCAAAGGCCCAUUUGUUAAAUGGAAAUGGGUGCCCAAUCAAUUCAAGUCAAUUGCUUUAAUUGGUGGUGGUACUGGUAUUACUCCAUUAUACCAAUUGUUGCGCGAAAUCGCCAAUAAUCCAGAUGACAAGACUAAAGUGUCUUUGAUUUAUGGAAGUACUACACCAGCUGAUGUUUUGAUAAAGGAUAAAAUUGAUGAAAUUGCCAAAAAACACAAGGAUCAAGUUAAAGUGACCUAUUUUGUCAAUGACAAAAAGGGUGAUGAUUCUUGGGAAGGCGAAGUUGGUUACAUUACUAAAGAGUUUUUAGAGAAGGAAUUAGAAAAACCAAACCCAGAUUUCAAGGUUUUUGUUUGUGGACCUCCUGCAUUAUACAAGGCUAUUUCUGGUGUUAAAGUCUCUCCAACUGACCAGGGUGAAGUCGAUGGUGCAUUGAAAGAAUUGGGAUUUACCAAGGAAAAUGUCUUUAAAUUUUAG